AACCAGUCCAACACCGUCACCGUGGCUUUCAGAUCAACCGUCCGCAAAAUGACCAACUUCGAUAUCAAAAUCGUAUCCGACACGGUGUGUCCGUGGUGCUAUGUCGGCAAGAAGCGGCUCGAAAAGGGCAUUUCGUCAUACAAGGAGAAGCAUCCGGACUCCAAUGACACGUUUUCCAUGACCUGGUACCCUUUUUACUUGAAUCCCGAUGCGCCGAAGAGCAUCGACAAGCAGCAGUACUACAAGUCCAAGUUCGGCGAGGAGCGGACUGCGGCGAUGUUCGAGAGGCUUGGGGCGCUGGGGAAGAGCGAGGGGAUUGAUUUUAAGUUCGGUGGGAGGACGGGGAAUACGCGGGAUUCGCAUAGAUUGAUCCAACUCGCGAAGACCAAAGGCCCGCAAAUGCAGACUCGCGUGAUUGAAGAGCUCUUCGCAGCCUACUUCGAGAACGAGAAGGACAUCACCUCCCAGGCCGUCCUCAUCGAAGCAGCCGUCAACGCCGGGCUCCAGGCAUCGGAAGCAAAGGACUGGCUCGAGCAAGGCAAAGGUGGACCCGAAGUCGACAAAGAAGUCCAGGACGCGUAUGCGCAGGACAUCCACGGCGUGCCGAACUUUACCAUUAACGAUCGUUUCGAGGUCGGCGGCGCGCAGGAACCUGCUGUUUUCGUGCAGCUCUUUGAACGCCUGAAGAGACAGGAAGGAAGCCUUUGAUUUGAAUGACAAUGCGCUGCGUAUGUUAGAGUAGGUACAGCUUAGGCGGCGUACAUACAUCUGUUCAUGACGUUGCAUUUCAGCCCCACAUACAAAUUGUAAGACCCACUCCGUCUGCC